UUAACAACACAAUCUUAAUUUAUUAAAAAAUACAUUAUGGAAUGACAAAAUCUGUGGUUACUUGAACGCAUAGAUGACCGUUAUUACACUGGGCGAUACAUUAAGAUUACAUGGUUGCGUUGCGGAUAAAUUCACCGCAGUCUGUUCUGAUAAAUCACCAAAGCAUCUACCUUAUACAUAAAGGCCUGAUUUUAAAGACUCUCAGAACCACUGAAAAAGAGCUGCAACUAAAUCCAUUAACUAUACUUUGAGCAUAUGAGAGCACGGAAAAAUUAAAUUAGUUUACGUAAAGUCGAAGAAAGAGAAUAUUAGAAGCUGCCGAGAAUCGUUAAUUCCUUAAAGUCUUGAAGUUAUGGUAUGUUAAAAAAUUGGAACUUAGUACAUAUGUGAAAUAUCUCACUUCAAGCUUAGCAAAGGCGUGAAUAUUGAAACGUUGAAUCGACAAGCAGCUGCGAAUUUUAAUAAAUUAUCAAUGACAACAUCCCAAAAACAUCGCAGUUUUGUUUCAGAACCCAUUUCUGAAAAGGUUGUAGAAGAGUUACCAGGCAUCGGUGAAAAACUUGGAGAAAGACUCAAAGCUAAAGGGUAUGACAAAGCGUAUGUCGUCUUGGGACAGUUUCUUCUUUUGAGGUGCGAAGAAGAGUUAUUCAAGGAAUGGCUUUCACAAACAUGUGGUGCUAAUUCAAAACAGUCCGGAGAUUGUUACACUGCCCUUAAAGACUGGUGUAGUUGUUUCAUUUUCUAAGUAGUGUACACUAAGAAUAUUAUGUAACAUUGUUAUACGCAUCUUAUUUUCCUCUACGUGCAUUUUGUUAAUAUUUGUUUUAAAAAUUUAUGCAUUGAAGUAUCCAGUGCAAUAUAUUGUACUCAUAUUUUCACCUUUAGAUUUUUAAGACGAAUCGCGGUAACCAAACUGAUCAGUGAUAGUAUUCUUGUCAUAGUGAUUAAUUAGUAUAGCAGCUCUCAUACAUUAGUUAGUCCGAACUCCUAGCUUCGUGCAUCAAAGUUGCCCGUCAAUGCGCAUCUGCAGAGAUGUUUUUGCGGGAUCGUAGGCUGAUCAUGGAAUAACGUAUCUUAAUGGCCUAUAUGAACUAGUAUAGAUAAAUACAGUAGUCACAUAUUUUGUCGAAGUGCGGAAACAGUGGGUUCUCCUUGUUACUAUUAGUUUUUUAACCUUGAAGUGACGGUUUUAUUGCAAACGAGUUAAGAGGAUAUAGUUGUGGGGUAGUGUUAAAGUUAGUCAUAUACAACGUAGGGCUUGACACUUGCGUAAUCUCAAAUUGACACACUCUGAUGGCACAUGCACAAGAUUAUCAAAACAAAUCCCAGAGUGGUAGACGUAGGCGCAAUAUCAGUAGUUGUAGGAAGGAUUAGUCGUAGAAAAAAAAGUUAUCCGGCAUCAGGAUUCAUGUACUAAAGAAAGAUAGUGAGUGCACCUGUGCUAUCGCAAACGAUCCUGAGUUAUACAAUCAAAAACGCUGACUCGCGUUUAUUGCUCUAAGAUUGUUUCGAAUGGUUAAAUGUAACUGCAGGGUAGUAUGUUUUUGAACCUAACGCAAACAUGUUACUGACUUAUGGUUCUAGUUCCGUCCUAAUUAAGGAGACAACUUCUUCAAUGAACUUUUAUAUAUUCGUUGCAUCUUCGGCUUUUUAACAGUUAGUUACAUGCUUGAUUGUUGUGUUCUGUGAACCGAUUGGCUUUAAACAUUCAGAAGUGUUUUCUGUCCUUUAGUUCGUCUAUAAGUCUCUGUUGCAUGUACGCAAAUGACGUAAAAAUUAUGAUCGAAUAAAGUUCAAGCAAGGAAAUGCACGUUUUUUUACACUUCAGUCAUGCUUUCCAGUAGCAUCAUUAACGACAUGUAAAGUAAUUUCACAUCACAUUUUUAAACCAACAUGAUUAGUGAUUACUAGAGUAUUUUUAACG